UGCCGUGAGACAGAAGGGCUCGUUCUUGCCUGUCUGCAGCUGGCUCGAGAUCCGAGUGGGCUUUCCGUUUGGAUGAAGCAGCGUGAAGCGAGUCUGCCAGUUGGUCUUCUGCCUCGAAAUGGACGAAGCGGCGAGUUGGAUGAACUGUAUCGGCCUCAACGGCGGCGGGGUGAUGUGAGGAGAGAGGAGAUGGUGCAAAGGGAUCCGAGUCUGCUCGAUGACUGUCUUGGAUCAAGCUUGCCAGUAAGCACGUCACUGUCUGACUGGACCGGCAAACGUGCCUGGCUGACUGCCACGCGUCUCAAGCCGACGAGCUGUCGCGUUGGAGUUGGUCUCACAGUGGUCACCUUGCAGGCUCCGUCUGAUACCGAGGCACCUCGAGCGACAGGCAAGAUGGCAAUCAAGAAGGUCCACGCACGUCAGAUCUAUGACUCUCGUCAGUGCCCAUGCUUAACUGUCGAAGUUGACUUGACCACUGACCUCGGUCUCUUCCGUGCCGGCGUCCCUUCCGGAGCUUCCACCGGCGUACACGAAGCUGUCGAGCUCAGAGAUGGCAAGAAGGCAGACUACAUGGGCAAGGGCGUCCUCAAGGCCGUCGCCAAUGUCAACGACACCCUCGGACCUGCGCUCAUCAAGUCGGGCCUCGACGUGACCGCCCAGGCAGAGAUUGACAAGCUCCUCAUUGACACCGACGGCAGCGACAACAAGGGCAAAUUGGGCGCCAAUGCCAUCCUCGGUGUCUCGAUGGCCGUCGCAAAGGCAGGCGCGGCAGCCAAGAAGGUCCCUCUCUACGUCCAUCUUGCACAAGUCUGCGGCUCAGGCGACAAAUAUGUCUUGCCUCUUCCCUGCAUGAACGUCAUCAACGGUGGCUCCCAUGCGGGCAACGCCCUCGCUUUCCAAGAGUUCAUGAUCUUGCCCACCGAAGCUGCCUCGUUCGAGGAAGCCAUGAAGGCCGGCUCGGAGACUUACCACCACCUCAAGAAAGUCAUCCAGACAAAAUAUGGCAUUGACGCCACCAAUGUCGGCGAUGAGGGUGGCUUUGCUCCCAAUGUCAAGGGCGCAGAAGAGGCUCUCGAAAUUCUCACGGAAGCAAUUGAAAAGGCGGGCUACACCGGCAAGAUCAAAAUCGCACUGCAAGUCGUCCUGGAUGUUGCCUCCUCGGAGUUCUACAAGGAUGGCAAGUACGAUCUUGACUUCAAAAACCCCAACUCGGAUUCUAGCAAAUGGCUGACCGGCAAAGAGCUUGCUGACGUCUACCUGGAGAUGGUGAACAAGUACCCCAUCGUGUCCAUCGAGGAUCCUUUCGACCAAGACGACUGGGAAGCCUGGUCUCACUUUACCGCCAACUCUGGCAUCCAGAUUGUCGGCGACGAUCUCACCGUCACUAAUCCAGUCCGCAUCAAAUCUGCGAUUGAGAAGAAGGCCUGCAACGGCCUCUUGCUCAAGGUCAACCAGAUUGGAACGAUCACCGAGUCUAUCGAAGCGUCUCGUCUUGCGCAAUCUGAUGGAUGGGGCGUCAUGGUUUCGCAUCGUUCGGGGUCAACGGAAGACACUACGAUUGCAGACAUUGCAGUCGCACUUGGCGUUGGACAGAUCAAGACGGGCGCGCCCUGCCGUUCCGAACGUGUCGCAAAGUACAAUGCCUUGCUCCGCAUCAGCGACGAACUAGCGCAAGCAGGCACACCGGCAAGCUACGCAGGCAGCAAAGGUCUCUCCGCGGGCAAGACGGCGCCAGCGCUGCUCAAGAAGUAA